CUCUUUGGUUUGGCUUAGUUCUGCUCGGCCUGGCCCAGCCCAGCCUAGCCUACUCCACUCCAGCUCAGCUCAGUUCACCUCCUGGCUCAUCCUCAAAGCAGGUUAAAGAAGAAUAUAAUUCCCUGUGGAAACUAUGGACUGCUCCGGGACCUCUCCUUCAAACUCAGGACCAUGGAUAUUUAGUGAUAUGGGAAGCUCAACAGUGGAACCCAACUCCGAAUCCAGUGAUACUGACAGACUCAUGGGAAGCUCAACAGUGGAACCUAAGUCCAGAUCCUUAAAUGAUGGUUCCAAUAAGGAAAAUAAAGUCAGGAAGAGGACAGCCUACAGCCAAGCACAACUUAAGGAACUGCACACUUAUUUCAAUCAGAAUGCAUAUCUUGAUCCCUCACAGAUGGGACACAUAUCUAGAAAACUGGGGCUCACCCGCGGUCAGGUAAGAAAAUGGUUCCAGAAUAUGAGAAUGAAGAGGAAAAAACAGAUGAAUGUUUCAGCCCAGGAAUUUCAGUUAUCAAAAACAUGUGACCUAUCAGUAAUGAACCCCAGUAGGAAUUUAGAUGUUGCCCAGCUCGACGUUGCCCAGCUCGACGUUGCCCAGCCCGGAGUUGCCCAGCCCGAUGUUGCCCAGCCUGGCAUUACCCAGCCUGGCGUUACAUUGCAGCAAGUUUCUUGGACAAAUAACAAUACUCACGCAAUUCAAAUGGACAACCAAUCCUGGAAUUACUUCUGUCAUUUACAUAAACAACAACAGAGGACAGCUGAGUUCUCAACUGGCUAUUAUUACCAAGCAACUGUUGUUCCCACUUAUUCCAACCCUUACUUAGAGCCUCAUGCUUUUCAGUCAAACUAUGGAAUGGACCAGUCCUGGAGUAUGUCCUCAAGAGAUAACUGGCAACAGCAACAAAAUAGAGGAAAUUACCAAGCUGGCCUGGUUUAUGACCACCCUGAAGCCAACUCAUUGACUAGGGAAUAUACAGACUUCACUCAACUUUAA